UGCAUUUGUUGACUGAUGAGAGGUCGAAUCGAUGCUGAAUAAAUUAAUUUUUCCAUCGUUUCAACAUCAGUGAAAUAAAUGAACUUAAAGAAAAGGUCGUUGUCGUUGCUAUUUGUGAUUGUUGCUGUGAUAUUCAUUGCUUCGUUUUAUGUUAACAAUAAACCACAACCACUCCCAGUUCCUAAAGAGGUGGAAGGCUGGGGCCGAAAUGUUUCGAAGAAUGUCAAGGAUUACAUCAGCGAAACGGCGGAACCACACAUUAUGCCAAAAAAAUUUUGUAACGAAAAGAGAAUCCUCCUAGUAUUUAUUCAUUCGAAGUUUGAUAAGUUCGACGCUCGAAAGGCCAUAAGGGAAACUUGGGGCCAAAAACGUGAUAAUGUAAGUUUCUAUUUUUUGGUUGGAGAAGAUAAAAAUAGGCGGCAUGAAGUACAACUAAAGUUGAAAGACGAGAGUGAAAAAUAUAAUGAUAUAAUCCAAGAACGCUUUAUAGAAUCCUACAAUAACUUAACUUUAAAAUCUAUAAAUAUGUUAAAGUUGUUUUAUCUACAUUGUUUAGAUUCUUACCAAUACUUAGCAAAAAUCGAUGACGAUGUGUUUUUGAACAUCGCAAACUUACUUGAAAAGCUUAAAAAUCGAAAUAUUACUACAAACCUAUUACUUGGCCACAUUUACAAUAGUUCAAAGCCAAUUCGAGAUACCACCAGCAAAUGGUAUGUGCCUUAUGAAGUGUAUCCGGAUGAUAAAUACCCAGCUUAUCUGUGCGGGGCAACCUACCUAAUGUCAGCCGAUGUUGCAGUGAAACUUUAUCAUUUCGCUUUUGAAACGCCGAUUUUUUAUAUUGAAGAUAUUUAUAUUACGGGAAUGUGUUCAAAAAAAGCCAAUGUAACCCUGGAAGAUAAUAGCAGUUUUAGUUACUAUCCUGCGAAAAAAUACGUAUGCUUUAAUAAACAUAAUUAUGUUUAUCAUGAUUUCAACCCAAAGGAUAUCAUAAAGGCGCAAAGACUGUUAAUAGACAAGAAGUGUCCUGCACCUGGGUCGUGGCUGGAAUGGGUCCACUCUCUUUUUUAUUGAAGACAAAGGGCCUGAGCAGGUACUUAAAAUAUUAUGUGAUUGAGAGUAUUUUUUAAAAUCUUUUUGUGUAUUCUUUAUGGAAAAGUAAUAGACGUUUAUAAAAUCUUA